AUGUUUGUCAAGUGGCAAAUAAAAUCGAUAUUUACAAUAAUUUUUUAUGUUAUUUCAUCAUUAUACGCAUUAACUGAUAAUGAAACAAACGAUCUCACAUUUUCUUCCAAAUGUCCGACGUGUCGCCGUUUAUUUUUACUCGAUAGUAGUGGAACAGAGAAACAAUCAUUGAAACAACAACAAGGAUUUGGUAGUAAUGUUCAUUCGCAUAGGAAAUUGUUAAAAUCAAAAUUAUAUACAGAACAAGAACGUCUAGAAUUAAAACAAUUAAAAAAAGAAGAGAAAAAAAAUUCAAAAAGACUCUUCAAACUAUACCAGCAAAAACGAAAUCCAGCUCAAAAUAAGCUUAAUAAUACAACACGAUCAGCAAAACAACGGUUAGUAAAAGAGAAAUCUAUGAGAUCUAUUAGAGCAACGAAUGAUGUAAAAAACGAUCGUUGUCAUGCAUCUUCGUAUGUCGGUGAUAAAAAAGUUUCAAAAACUAAUAAUUCUACAAAAUCGUCAACAACGUCAAAACAGUCCAAAGAACAUUGCUCUCCUCUUCUUAGCAAACGAAAAGAUAAACGUGAGCAACAACAACAUCAAGAAGAAGAUAAAAGUUCUCGAAAGAAGAAAUUAUCAAAACAGAAGGUGGCAACAGUUUCAGCAUCAGAACAAAUCAAAGAGAAGAAACGAAAUCAACAAUUGAACAAUCAUAGUUCGUCUAUUGAAUUUCCAUUCACUCAGUCUACCAUACAAAAGAAAAAGGAGCAGGAAACAAAAAUUUCACCAACAGUCCAAUUACCAAAGGAAAAAUUGGUAGUGGUUAAUAAAGAGCAGCUAGCAACAGAUAAUGAACAGUCUACGUCAAUUGAAGAUGAUUUGGAAUUUUUCAAUGGUAGUAGUAAAAAUGUGAAUGUUGUUGGUCGUGCCUAUUACUUUGUUAAAAAUAUGUUCCAGUUAGCGGAUGAUAAUGUAGAAAAUGAUAAAAAAGAAAGUGUUUUUGUUUCACAUAAUGAUGCAUUAGAAGAUAAUGAACGACAAGAAUAUAAUGAAAUACCACAUCAAAAACGAAAAAUAUUAUCCAUAAUCGAUGAUGAUCUAGAUGCAAUGGUUUAUAAUGAUUUUCCCGCUCAUAACAUUGAUCUUAAUUUCCAUGAAAAUAAUGUAAUAAAUAUGGAUAAAGUCGUUAAUAAACAAUGCAUGGAUCAAAAUCUGUGUGAUCAUCAACAACUAUAUGAUGAUCUUGUUGAUUUAUCAACUAUACCAAAACGUCGUCUGUUAGCUACACAAUCAUCAAAAAUAUCAAAACAUAAAAAGCAAAAACAAAAUAAAACAGAUACAAUCAAUAUGGUGUCAGAUGAGCCGCAAGUUGCAGGGCAAUAUCGACAUAGAAUUAGUCCAUAUAUUGAUGCCCAACAACAAUCAAUUGUCAAACAAAAGAAUAAAAGAAAUAAAAAGAAGAAAUCAAUCAGUCAGUUGACUGAUCAAGUUUGUAAAGAAAAACUUUCAACACAUGAUGAUAUUCAAAAUGGUGGCAUAUCUAGCCAAUGCCAACUGCCAAUAGUAAAAACGGAUGAAAAAGUUAAUUCUGUCCUAAUCACCGAAGGAUUUGUACCUAAAACCACUAUUAUUGAACUUGAUAAUUUAUUUAUGAAACGUCAAUUGUUAGCCAAACAACGUGUGAUUCGAGAAGAACAGGAAGACGAAGAGACUGAUGAUGAGGAAGAAAUUAAUCAAGAUGAAGAAGAGGAAGAUAAUAGUCUACAACAAAACACUAAAGAGCCAUUAGAGCCACAAGAUAUUGUCAGAUCAUAUGAAAAUGGUCUUUAUAAACCACGAGUUGGCUGGCAAUUUCGUUAUCGUAUUAGUCGAUAUAUUGAUUCAUUACGAGAAAAUAUACGAGAAGAUCGAGAACGAUUAAAACAAGGUUUGAAAAAUAUUGAACGUAAAACAACCGAGGAGUUUAGUGAUAGAAAAAAUAUAAGAAAAACUAAAGUAAAGAGUAUUGAUGAUAAAAUAUUAAAAGAAGAGACGAAAGAAGCGACAGUCAAACCAAAUGUAGGAUUUCGUUAUCGUUAUCGAGUGUCAAAAAUGUUAGAAGCGAAACGAAAUGGUGAUUACAUUGAUGAUGCUGAAGAAAAACGAAAAACAAGACAAAAGAAUAAUUUAGAACAUAAUCAAGAUGUAUUAAAAAAGAAAGAUGUUAACAUUGAAUCAAAAAAUGAUAUGGAUCAAAAUUUGGAAAAACUAAAAAAAGAAGAGAAAGAUGUGGGAUGGAAAUAUAGAUAUCGUAUUCGCCAAAAAUUAACAGAACUUAAAAGAAAAUAUCCAGCAAUACCUAUUUCUAAUGAUGCUCCUGGUAGAGAACGAUUGAAAAAAACAGUAGUAAAAAAGUCGAAUAGUGACCAACAACCAAAAGAUCAGGAAAAUAAGAACGUCGGUUGGAACUAUCGCUAUCGUGUAUCAAAAAUGUUAGAAGAACAAAAACAUGAGAAAACCGAUGGAAAAACUUUAACAAAACCGAAACUAAAACUAAAAGCAAAAGUUGUUAAUGAAAAGGAAGAAUUAGUUCCUGAUCUUUCGAACUUAACACCAGAACAAAAAGUUGUGGGAUGGGCCUAUAGAUAUCGUAUACGACGAAAAUUGGAUGCAAUUCGAAAUGAAACAUUAAGAACGAUAGGGGGUAAACGAUUGAAAAAUAAGAAGUCUUCGAAUGACACUAUUACUGCAACAACGACACACGAAACAAUUCAGAAAACAAAACAAAAACAAAGUCAAAUCAAAAAAUUUGUAAAUACUGACGAUAGAAAGGAGACUAUGUUAUUUUCAAAACCUUUUAAUUAUGUUAUCUAUGAUCGACUACCAGCGUUUAGAAACUCUAUUUGUCGUUUACUCAUACGUUUACCAUUUUGUGGUGAUACAGACGAUGAAACAAGUAGACAAAAAGACGAUCCGAAACCACAAGUGCAAAAGAAAAAGUUGAAAACAAAGAAAGAACAACGUGCCAAACAAUUUAUUCGUACAAAAGCCUCAAAACUCGUAUCCGAUGAUGAUAAUGACAAACCGAUCGAUGAAACAUUGAAAAAAUACAUGAAAAAUCGAACGACAACCACUUCGUCUAAAAAAUCAACAAAAACUAGAGUUUCCAAACAUCAUAUUGUUGAUGAUGAUAUUAGUAUCACCCAACCAAAACGGAAAAAAUCUUCUCAUCGCCGCAGAGUAAUAAUUGAUGAACGAGUGCAAUAUUAUGAUGGAGAAGAAUCGCCGGUGAAAAAAGUCAUUAGUAUUGAAACAAACAAGAAAAAUAUGAAAAAAAAGUUUCAUGUAAUCGAAAAAGAAAUAAAAUCUGCACAACGUCAAAAUGGAAUGAGAACAGCAGUUGAAGCAUUAUCCGGUGUUGAAAGUACGAAGCAUGCUAGUAGAAAAAGUAAAAAAAAGAAUAAGAUACCUAUUGAAUCUAAUAAUAAUAUUCUAGAAACAUCUAAAACGACUUCUAAAAAGAAUUUGACGAAAAUCAAAACACCGAUUCGUGAUAAUUUAAAAUUAUCUGAUAUUGUCGAUAGACGAAAAGACGCUAUUGUUGAAACUACGGUAUAUAAUCCAACUGAGAAAAUAAAAGACAGGGGUAUAAACCAACCGAUUAUUGAAACAGUCACAGAAGAAGAAAAAAGUUUUUUAAAACAUUCAAAUGAUGAUGAUCGUUCGUCCGAAAAAUCACAAAAAGAAGUCCAUGAAAUAAAUGACGAUGUACAGGAAAAUUUGAAGUUAAAUCAACAGAAAAUGCAAACAGAUGACGACGAUAAGGAAUACCAGAUAACAGAUGAUAGUGAUGAUAGAAGGUUAGUUCGAAUAUCAUGA